CCAUCAUCAACUUUUGUUCCCCUCUUGCCUCUCCAGAUACUUAACACUCCAGAGUGCGAAGACCACAAGCUGCCCAAGCAGUCAAGAACCACCACAAGUCAAGCAACCUCAUCAUCCUCACCAUCACCAUGGCGCCUUCUUUCCCCACCCCCAAGUUCAUCACCGGCGGUUGCCUGUGCAACAGCCUCCGUUACCGCGUCGACUUCCCCGCUGAUCAUGAUUUCAAAGCCUCGUCCAGCCACUGCCAGUGCACCCAAUGCCGCAGGCAAGGCGGUGGCCUCUUCUUCAGUUCCCACGGGGUCAGCCCGGCGAGCGUGCACUUCAAGUUCACAUCACCCACCACUACCCUCAAGACCUACCGCUCCAGCACGAAGGGCGAGCGCGUCAUCUGCUCCGAGUGUGGCUCGUGGAUCUACUGGAGACCGAUCAGCGAGGAGCAAGAGGACUACCUCUCGUUCACCGUCGGCACCGUCGACCCGCUGUACCUGUUCGGCGAGGGUGCCGACGGCGUCGAGGUGCCCAAGGAGGGGUUCGGAUACGCCCUAGCGAAUGGCGAGGGCGGCUGCUGGUUUGCGGAGAAUGAGAUCAAGGGGAUCACGGACUGCAUGACUAUUCUGGCGAAUAAAAAGUAGUGAACGGGAAGGAACAGGGUCAACUCCGAAGGGGAAUUCCGGGGGUGAUGGGUGGCAGCUACAACGGUGGAUGGCGGCGAUGUUGAAGUGGUUUAAAGGGGCUGUGCCCUUGGCCAAUGCGAUAUCUUCUACAACACCAAGCUGUGAUUAGGUCACCAAUUGCGCUAGAUCGUCUCCAAUACCACACCUGGGUGUCCUGC